AUGGUAAACGCAGGCAAGGCCAGCACAGCCAUCGCCGCUGCACGCUACGCCUCGCCGUGGCGCUCGGCAUUGCAAAUCGACCUCGUCGCCGCCACAGACGCCCUCAUCGCCGGCCUCGACGACCUGGCAACCGUCCCCGGCAUCCUCGAGGGCAUCCAGCACAGCAUCGCAGCCAUCAAGCAGCAGGCCGCAGCAGCACAGCCCACACUUCCUUACACCCUGCUCCUCGACCAGAUCUCCCAGCUCCUCGUCGCCUCGCCCAUUCAUGCUCACCGCGUGGCUGCCCACCUCCGACCCAUCCUCGUCGACCUCGCUGCACGCCUUCUUCCUCCGCCGUCGCAGGCGCUAGAUGCAUCCUGGCACCAGCCCACCGUCCGCGCCACCUUUUGCGCGCUCGCUAGCCUGGUCGGCCCGUUUGAGGAGCUCUACGACGUUCUCUUUGCCCUCAUCUCGCAGCCUGGCCUUGCCGGAGGUCCGCUCAGGGAUCUCUCGGCCCAGUGGCUCCAGGACCGACAGCAGCUCGAUGACAUCCUCCUCGCCACAUGGCGUCUGCUCAGCACCUCGGCCGUUGCUCUCGACCACCUCCCACAGGCCUGGCCAUCCGAAUCGCUACAUGCCAUCAUCUCGUCGACAGAUCUGCCCGCCGGCACCCGCCUCCUGGCGCUCGAGGUCUUUGCCCUCCAAGAGCGGUUAGGGCAGGCCACCAAGCUCGAGCUCCAGCAGCGGUGGAUCGGCCGCCCAUCCGUCGUCGUGCCCCAGAGCACCGAAGCGGUGGCGAGCGGAAGCAGCAGUAGCAUCAGCACGGGAAUUGUGGCGGAGAUCCAGUCUCGCGAGGAGCCUGGCCGGUCAAUCGACGUCUGGAUCCUCGAGGAAGAGGAGCGAAGACGCAGCGCCGCCGUGCGACGUGCCUGCCUCUCUACCCCGAUCCCUUUUUUGCCAGCCGAGGAUGCUUCUGGAGAGAGCCUAUCUGCACCACGCCAAGUCAAGGCCGAGGACCAGAUGGACGUCGAUCCAGACUCGCAGCCGUCAGUCCCGACUUCGCCCUUAUACCCGGCUCUCCGACCACAUGAUCUCUGCUCUUCGGUCUGCGAGGUCGGCGGCGUCGUCCUGGUCCGCUCCAGCACCGGCAACAGCGCCGCCCCUUCGCCGGUCGACGCAGCCUCGACGCCUUCUCAGUCUGCAUCCUUUGUCGAGACGCCAAGCUGCAGGCCUGCACUGGCAGAGCUCGGACUGCAUCUUUCGGCGCGGCUGCCGAUCCUCCUGUCUGGCCCGCCCUCGAGCGGCAAGACGGAGCUCAUCUCGUUUGUCGCCAGCCUGCUCCGGCCGGCUUCGGCGCUCGACGACGCCGUCGUGGCCGCUGCGAAGACCAACGUUCUCAACAUCCAGCUGGGCGACCAGUCGGGCGUCGACGCAAAGCAGCUGCUCGGAUCCUUUGUCUCGAGCCCGACGCGGCCCGGCACCUUUGAGUGGUCCGAGGGCGCGCUGACCCGGGCGGUGCGCAUGGGCAUGUGGGUCGUGCUCGAGGACAUUGACAAGGCCGGCAGCGAGGUGCUCAGCACCGUCGGCCGCCUCGUCGAGCAGCUCGGACCCACCAAGCCCGCCGGCGCUCGCCCCAGCAUCGAUCUCGGCAGCCGUGGCAAGGUCGUCGCUGGACAGGGCUUUGCCCUCUUUGCGACCCGAUCGACGCCUGCCUCGGCCUCGGCGCCGACCUCGGCCUCGUCUGGUGCCAGCGCCGCUGCUGGCUCCUCGUCGACGUCCGCUUCAGCGUCGACCUCAAAGUCGGCGGCGGCUGCGAUGCCCCGACCCACGUUCCUCGGCAGCGAGCACUGGGCCGAGGUGCAGCUGCGCGCGCCCACCCGCGACGAUGUCGAGCGCAUCCUCAGCCGCAGCUUCGCCAGGCUCUCGGCCGCGGCCAACGGCGGCUUCCUCCAGCGCCUGAUCAACACGUGGGACAAGGUCCGCAGCGCCACCGUCGGCGCGUCGGCCAAGUCAAGGCAGCAGGAGGUGGCCGCGGGCGCGCUGCGGACCGCAACGUUGCGCGACCUGAUCAAGUGGUGCCGCCGCGUCGAGAAUUUGCUCAAGAGCAGCAAGGUGGCCACGUCCGACCCGUUCACCAUCCCACAGCAGCAGGAGGACGUCUUCAUCGAGGCGUGCGACGUCUUCCUCGGCGCGCUGCCCUCGUCUACCGCCAACCUGGCUCCCGGCACCGUCCCACAGCAGCAGUCGCAGUCGCAAGCGCAGGCUGCAUCGACGGGCAAGGCUGUGGACCGCUACAGCGCCCUGGUCGAGCUCAUCGCCGAGGAGCUCGGGCUUAGCAGCGAGCGAGCGUGGUGGUCGCUCAAGGGCCGCACGCCCGAGCUGUCACUGCAGACGCCCGACGCCGCCGAGCUGGCGGCCGACGGCGGCCACCUCCGGCCCUCGAUGCUGCGAGUGGGGAGGUGCCAGCUGCCGCGCAAGCCGCGCUCGGCCCAGUCGCGCGCCCAACCCAUCAACCGCAAGUUUGCCCUGACCAAGCCCACCCUCGGCCUGCUCGAGCGACUGGCGGUCUCGACGGCGCUGAGCGAGCCGGUGCUGCUGGUGGGAGAGACGGGCACGGGCAAGACGACCGUCGUCCAGCAUCUCGCCUCGCUGCUCGGGCGCUCGAUGACGGCACUCAAUCUGAGCCAGCAGACCGAGAGCGGCGACCUGCUCGGAGCCUUCAAGCCGCUCGACCCCAAGCUGCCCGCCACCGAGCUCCACGACGAGUGGGUGCAGCUCUUCUCGCGCACCUUUUCGUCGCGCCGCAACGCCCGGUUCGUCGAGGCCGAGCGCAAGGCGUUCCUCGGCGGCAAGUGGGCCAGGCUCGCGGGGCUCUGGCGCGAGUCGGCCAAGAUGGCGGCGCAGCGCAAGAAGGCGGCCGCCGCCAACGGUGACGCCUCCGGCGCGGCAUCGGCCCCGGUCCCUGCUGAGGCGACCACGGCGGCGGCAGCGGCGACGACGACGACUACCACCACCACCAAGUCGAGGAAGAAGCGGCGCACCGAGAACGGCUCGGCCGAAGGCUCGGCGUCUGGCAUCGACGACGUCGAGGCCGACGCCAAGCUCGACGCCGAGUGGGUGCGCUUCGACCAGCUGGCGCGCGACUUUGGCAUCCAGCACGGCUCCAAGAAGCGCAACCUGGUCUUUUCGUUUGUCGAGGGUCCGCUGAUCCGCGCGCUGCGCCAGGGCGACUGGGUGCUGCUCGACGAGAUCAACCUGGCCGCGGCCGAGACGCUCGACUGCCUCUCUGGCCUGCUCCAGUCGCCCAGCUCGAGCAUCACGCUGACCGAGCGCGGCGACCUCGAGCCCAUCCCGCGCCACCCAGACUUCCGCCUGUUUGCCUGCAUGAACCCGGCCACCGACGUCGGCAAAAAGGAGCUGCCCUCGGGCCUGCGCUCGCGCUUCACCGAGCUCUACGUGCCCAGCCCGGACUCGGACCGCGACGCGCUCGUGGCCAUCGUGGAAAAGUACAUUGGCGAGCACGCCGUGGGCGACCGCGGCGUCGUCAUGGACGUGGCCGAGUGCUACGCCGAGAUCCGCCGCAUGGCGCAGCGCCACGAGCUAGCCGACGGCGCCAACCAGCGCCCGCACUACUCGAUCCGCACCCUCGCGCGCGCCCUCACUUUCGCCACCGACAUCGCGCCCUCGUUUGGCCUGCGCCGCGGGCUGUGGGAGGGCUUCGUCAUGGCCUUCACCCUGCUGCUCGAGACCAAGAGCGCCCAGGCGGUGCGCGAGGUCAUCGAGCGCAACGUGCUCGCCAAGGCCAAGAACGCGCGCGCCAUCGCCACCUUCACGCCGCCCGCGCCUCCGGGCACCGACGAGGGCAAGUUUGUCCAGGUGGGGCCGUUUUGGCUCGAGACGGGCCCGCUGCCGCUUGACGCGGCCGGAGAUUACGUCCUCACGGCGUCGGUCCAGGCCAAGCUGGUGGGCCUGUCGCGCGCCGCCCUGACCCGGCGCUUCCCCGUCCUCAUCCAGGGCCCCACGUCGGCGGGCAAGACGAGCGCCGUCGAGUACCUGGCCCGCCGCACGGGGCACCGCUUCGUCCGUAUCAACAACCACGAGCACACCGACAUCCAGGAGUACCUCGGCUCGUACGCGUCGGACCCGGACACGGGCCGGCUGGCGUUCCACGAGGGGCUACUGGUCAAGGCGCUGCGGCGCGGCGACUGGAUCGUGCUCGACGAGCUCAACCUGGCGCCCACCGACGUCCUCGAGGCGCUCAACCGGCUCCUCGACGACAACCGCGAGCUCGUCAUCCCCGAGACGGGCGAGGUGGUCCGCCCGCACCCGCACUUUAUGCUCUUCGCCACCCAGAACCCGCCGGGCCUCUACGCGGGGCGAAAGGUGCUCAGCCGCGCGUUCCGCAACCGCUUCCUCGAGCUCCACUUUGACGACGUGCCCAAGGCCGAGCUCGAGACGAUCCUCACCAACCGCUGCGCCAUCGCGCCCUCGUACGCCGCGCGCAUCGUCGGCGUGUUCGAGGAGCUGCAGAAGCGCCGCCAGGCGGGACGCGUCUUUGAGACCAAGCAGGCCUUUGUCACGCUGCGCGACCUCUUCCGCUGGGGCAUGCGCGAGGCCGUCGGGUACCAGCAGCUGGCCGAGAACGGCUACAUGCUCAUCGCCGAGCGCGCCCGCCGCAGCGACGACCGCGCCACGGUCAAGGAGGUCAUCGAGAGCGUCAUGCGCGUUAAGAUCAACACGGCAUCGAUCUACGACCUUCACGGCGCCGGGCGCGAAAAGGUGGCCGCCCGCAUCGGCCCGACCGUCACCGACUCGAUGAUGCGCGCGGUCGGCGAGUCGCGCAUCGUGUGGACCGACGCCGUGCAGCGCCUCCUCUGCCUGGUGGCCACCGCGCUGCGCUACGACGAGCCCGUGCUCCUCGUCGGCGAGACGGGCGCGGGCAAGACGUCGGUCUGCGAGGUCCUCGCCCACGCCUUUGGCCGCAAGCUGCACAGCGUCAACUGCCACCAGAACACCGACACGGCCGACCUGCUCGGCGGGCAGCGCCCGCUCCGCAACCGCGCCGCGCUCCAGGCCGAGGCCAAGCUCGCCGCCCUCGAUGUCCUCGAGCGGGUCGGGGUCGCCCACUCGCUCACUGCCCAGAGCCUGCCCGAGGAAUUUGCCGCCGCCCUGUCGUCGGUGCUGUCCAAGUGGCCCUCGGCGACCAGCGAAGCUGCUGUCAGCGCCUCGGAAGCUGGAGUGACGGCCGACGAGAGCGCAGCGCUCAAGGCGCACACGGCCAAGGUGCUGCAGAAGGUCAACCAGUCGACGGCGCUGUUCGAGUGGCACGACGGGCCGCUGGUGCAGGCGAUGCAGGCCGGGGACCACCUGCUGCUCGACGAAAUCUCGCUCGCCGACGACAGCGUCCUCGAGCGCCUCAACAGUGUCCUCGAGCCCAGCCGCACCCUGGUGCUGGCCGAGCGCAGCACCACGUCGUCGCCCAGCGCAGUCCGCGAUGGCUCCGACAUCUCGGCCGCCGAGAUCCGCGGCGCCGCCGGCUUCCAGGUGCUCGCCACGAUGAACCCGGGCGGCGACUACGGCAAAAAGGAGCUCUCGCCGGCGCUGCGCAACCGCUUCACCGAGAUUUGGGUGCCGCACAUCGACGUGCGCGCCGACCUGGUGCGCAUCGUCGAGGCCCAGUGGCGCGACGAUGCGCUGCGUGCCUGGACCGAGCCGCUGCUCGACUUUGCCGACUGGUUCGUCCACCAGAUUGGCGGCAUCGACCAGGCCAACAUCGGCCUGCGAGACCUGCUCGGCUGGGCCGCCUUCAUGAACCAGACGGCGGCCGGCGACGCGCCGGUGCUCGAGCCGGCGCUCGCGUUUGCCCACGGCGCCUCGCUCACCAUCAUCGACGGCCUCGGCGCGCUGCCGGCCACGGCGGCCAUGUCGGCCCACGGCCUGCGCGAGCUGCGCGCAAAGUGCUUUGCCAAGGUGGCCGCCAUGAUUGCGCCCGUCGAGUUUGACGCCGCGUCGCCUGCCAUGUUUGAGGUGAGGCAGACUGCCGACCGCUUCGGCGUCGGUCCCUUUGCCGUAGCGAUGGGCUCUGUCGCUGCUGCCGCUGCUGUCAGCGCUGAUGGCGACGGCAACGACGCGGCGGCCGGCUCGUUCAGCUUUGGCGCGGCCACGUCGGCGUCGAACGCGAUGCGCGUGCUGCGGGCGCUGUGCGUGCCCAACAAGGCGCUGCUGCUCGAGGGCAGCCCGGGUGCCGGCAAGACGAGCCUGAUCAGCGCGCUGGCCAAGGCGACGCGCAACCCGCUCACGCGCAUCAACCUGUCCGACCAGACGGAGCUGGUCGACCUCUUUGGCGCCGACCUGCCCGUUGAAGGCGGCGGGCCGGGCGAGUUUGCGUGGCGCGACGCCGCCUUCCUCACGGCGAUGCAGAAGGGCGAGUGGGUGCUGCUCGACGAGAUGAACCUGGCCUCGCAGACGGUGCUCGAGGGCCUCAACUCAUGCCUCGACCACCGCGGCACCGUCUUCCUGCCCGAGCUCGGCCGCAGCUUCACCAAGCAUCCGAGCUUCCGCCUGUUUGCCGCGCAGAACCCGCACCAUCAGGGCGGCGGACGCAAGGGCCUGCCAAAGUCGUUCCUCAACCGCUUCACCAAGGUGCACAUCGAGGAGCUGACGCCCGACGACAUCCUCGAGAUCUGCACCCACCUCUACCCGCGCUUCGACCCGGCCGACCUGCGCAAGAUGAUCGCCUUCAACUCGCGCCUCCACCACGAGACGAUGGUGCGCCACAGCUUCGGCCGCGUCGGCGCGCCGUGGGAGUUUAACCUGCGCGACCUCCUGCGCUGGCUGACGCUGCUCCACUCGAAUCUCGGCCUCAAUGUGCGCGGGGCGCCCAUCGAGCACCUCGCCUCGCUCUACGUCCUCCGCUUCCGCACUGCCGCCGACCGCCGCGCCGCCCGCGGCCUCUACGCCGACGUGUUCGGCAUCCCGCUGCCGGACGACGUGCGGCCGUGGCCCAGCGUCACACCUCGACACGUCCAGUUCGGCCACGCGCUCCUCGAGCGCGGACCCCGGCGCCUCGACGCCACGGCCAACCUGGCGCUGCUGCAGCACCAGCUGCCGACGCUCGAAGCGCUCGCCGACUGCCUGCAGAUGUGCUGGCUCGGCAUCCUCACGGGACCCAGCGGCGUCGGCAAGACGAGCGUCGUCCGCCUGCUGGCGCAGCUCGCCGGCGCGCGCCUCGAGGAGUUUUCGAUGAGCUCCGGCACCGACACCAUGGACCUGCUCGGAACGUUUGAGCAGUACGACCCGCAGUCGCAGCUGCGCGACGCCCUGGUGCGCGUGCGCCUCGCCGUCGAGCGGCUCAUUGAGCGGGGCGGCGCCGUCGCCUCGUCGGACGAGUUUGGCCGGCUGUCGGCCAGCGACCGCGCCGUGUCGGCUGAGCUUGACCUGCUGGUCGCCCACAAGGACCACGCCGUCGACCACGCCGGGCUGCUCGCCGCCAUCGACACCCUCGCUUCGCAUCCGCUGACGGUCGAGGAUGACGACGCCAAGCACGCCAUCGCCUCCGCGCGGCAGUGCAUUGUCCAGAGCCGGCAGCUGCAGCUGCAGCAGCGGGCUGAUUCCGCAAACGAGGGCGGCGGCAGCUCGGGCCGCUUCGAGUGGACCGACGGCCCGCUGCUGCGCGCCCUCAAGGAGGGCCACUGGCUGCUGCUCGACAACGCCAACCUCUGCUCGGCCUCGGUCCUGGACCGGCUCAACUCGCUCUUCGAGAUCGACGGCCAGCUCGUAAUCAGCGAGCGCGGCGUCGUCGACGGCGAGGUGCCCGUCGUCCGGCCGCACCCCAACUUCCGCGUCUUUAUGGCGCUCGACGCGCGGCACGGCGAGCUCUCCCGCGCCAUGCGCAACCGCGGCAUCGAGAUCUGCAUGGUCCCUCCCGCUGCGGCCGGCUCGGCUGGACCUGCCUCUGGCUCCAAGAUCGCGACGCUUGAGGGUGAUGCCGACCGGCUGCGGCUGUCGAGCCUCGCUCGUGCCGAUGUGGUGCCAGUCGCUGCAGCCUCCGCGCGCGACGUCAGGCACGACGCUGCGCUCAUGCCGGCGACGAUCGCAUCGCAGGCCGCUCGGCGAGGCAUGCUCGUUGCCAGCGCUGCUACACAGGCUCAGAGCGAGGACGAAGCCAAGCGCACCGCGCACUGGGCCGCGUCAUCGCUCGUCCUCCGCAACUCGGCGCUCGCCGCCGGCGUCGCUGCCUCGGCCUUCCUCUGCAGCGGCAGCGACCAGGACCUGUCGGCGGCGGCGGCGUCGCGCUCGUACCUGCUCCGCUUCUCGAACCCAGAGGCCGUGCCGCUCCUCACCCACCUGCUGGGCCGGUACGCCCGAGACGCCGACACGCAGCAGCAGUCGCUGCUCGCGCUGCAGGUCUGGUCCAAGGCCGACAACGUGUCGAAGCUCGUCACGCAGCGCAUCGAGGCGCUCGCCGGCGGCGGUCUCGCCGUGCCGCGUCCCUUUGUCGAGCGCCAGCCGUUCGAUGUGCGCUACAACGACAACGUCUCGGCGCUCCUCGAGCAGGACCAGCAGCAGCAGCAGCUCGACGCAUCGUCGCACGACGGCGGCAAGCUGCAGCUGUACGCCGCAGCGCUGCUGCAGCAGAUCGCGCUGCGAUCGCUCUCGGAGGCGGCGCAGAAGAAGGACAAGAAGUUGCUGAGCGUCAUGGAACAGUCGGCCCUGGCCGCCCUCAACAGCGACGGCGCCAACGCCGGUGCAUCCGGCUCUGAGCAGAGCGAGGAAUCGGCCAUCCAGCAGGUGUUCCCGCUCUCGGCCUCGAUUGUGCGAGCGGUGCAGGAGUGGUCGGGCUCCGACGCAGCCCUCGACAGCCAGGUGGCGGCCCGCGUCCAGACCCUGCUGCACACGUGCGGCUUCCUCGAGAAGCUGUGCUCGAGCUCCGAGCUCGACUACUCCGCCAUCCAGGUGCUGGUCCAGGUCAUGGCCGAGACGAUGGCCAAGCUCGAUGCGGCCGGCCUGCCGCUCCAGGCGGCGCUCGGCAGCGCCCUCGAUCAGCUUGGCGGCAAAAUCAACCUGACCUCGGGCUUCGCCAUGCAGACCAUCUGGACCCUCUGCCUGGCCAAGGCGGCCGACAGCCGCGGCGCCGAGCUGUCGAGGCAGAUUGCCGAUGUGCUGGCCCGCUCGCCGCCGCGCAGCCUGCCCCGCGACGCCGCCGUCAAUGCGCUCGAUAUCGCCGCCACCCUGACCCUCAGCGGCGCGGCGUGGUCGCAGAAGCAGUCGGCGGAGCUGCUCGACCUCGGACGCAAGACGCUUGCCUCGCUGCAGAACCUCGAGUCCAAGGCCCUCCAGGAGCAGCAGCAAGACGGAGAGACUGCCGGCUGGAGCACGGCAGAGGAGGAUACGCGAGAAGCAGUGGCCGCCUCGGCCAUGGACGUCGCCGUCCAGAGCGUGCUACGCUCGGCGUCGGCGUCGGUCUCUCCGGCGGGCAGCGUGGGCAGCGUCGACCUCGCACGGCUACGCUGCUUCGUCGAGCUGCUCAAGCAGGGCUCUGGCCUCCCUCUCUCGGCCGCCGUCCCCGUGCGCGCGGCCAUCUGGUCGCUCGAGGCAUCGGGCGGCAACGUUCUGGCGAGCAGCGGCGCCGCUGACAAGCUCGAUGCGCCCGACGUCGAGUGGAUCCGCCGCCUUUGGGCCCAGAUCGACCCGGCAAGCGCUGGCGAACGCCAAGGAGGAGGGCGCCGCCGCCGUGACCACGCCGGGCCAGCCGAGCUCUUCCGCCCCAUGCUGCUGCGCGCUAUCCUCGACUCCCGCUCCGACCGCGUCAGCCUCGAGCGCCGGAUCGAGCACGAUGCGUCGGCGCGCAGGCUGGCGCUCUCGGCGUGCGUCGCCACGCCUGCCAUGAUGCCGUCCAGGCUUGAGCAGGUCCGAAGCCUGCUGAAUGGCUUUGCCAACUUGAUGUCCGAGGCUCUGAGGCGCUCAAUCGCCCGCGUCGAUGGAGUCCCGAUCGGCAAGGACCGCACCGGCGGCGGCCGGAGUGCCGAAGUCGGCCUGCAGCGCCUCGCCACCGAGUUUGCCACGCUCGGCGAGCUCGAGGCCGUCUCGGACGAGUCGAGGGCGAUCGCCUCCGAGUGGUCGGCCAGCCUGGCUCAGGUGGCUGCGCUGUCGACGGGCAAGCGCGGGCCCGAGGCGAUGCUCGGAGCGGGCCAGGCGUGGGUGGUGCUGGCCAUGUCGGUGCUGCGCCUCUACCUGCCCAACUUUGCGCUCGACCCGGUCGUGACGCAGCAGACGCGCGGCGCCUUUAGCGCCUUCUGCCGCGACGAGGUGCGGGCGCAGCUCGCCGUCGAGACGGCCGCCGAGGCCGUCGUCACGGGUCGGCCGGGCAACGCCAUCACGCGGCAGCUGGGCGCGGAGCUGGUCGACAUCACUGGCCGCAUGGCCAAGGAGUCGACCAAGACGCUGCCGCGCGGCUCGGACCUCAAGCUCCUCACGCAGCUCUACCGCGAGAUGCACGCCUUUGUGCAGCAGGUGCUGGCCACGUCGAAGCUGGCCGACCUGAUGAACGCCAUGCAGGCGGCCGAGUUCGACCAGCAGACCGAGGAUCGCGAGGUCAGCCUGCAGGCGAGCAUCAUGGGCUUUGCGCACCGCCUGCGCCAGACGUUUGCGCCGCUCCACGACCUCAUUGCGCCGUUCCUGCUGGUGCUGUCCCAGGUGCAGCUCGGCUUCCGCACCAUGGCCCAGGCGGCCCGGCUGGCCAGCCGCACCGCCGAGGUCAACCGCCAGUCCAAGGUGCUCGAGGCGCUCGUCACCUUCCCCACGGCGGCCAGCAUCGCUGCCUACGGCCGCCUCGAGCUGCCCGUCAAGCUCAAGACGACGUCCAAGUCGGGCGUCCUGACGGCGCCGCUGCUCCUCGCCUCGGUCUCGUCGGUGGCGCUUGAUGCCGAGCGCCUGGGCGCGCAGAGCGUGCGCCAGAUCGGCACUCUCCGCCGCAUCAGCCGCACCUACGACCAGCUCUACCAGCUCUGGACGCUCGACCGCGAGCGCGAGCGCCAGGCCGAAGAGGCCAACGCCAGCCUGUACAAGUCGAAGCGCUUCGACCUCGAGAUGGCUGCCGACGCCGAGGCCGAGGAGCGCGAGUUCCGCAUGCUCUUCCCGGAGUUCAAUGACGUCCUCGACGAGCCGUCGGGCGGUCAGCAGCAGCAGCAGCAGCAGCAGCAGGACGCAGCGGCAGACUCGACGGCGGUCAACUCGCUCCUCAAGCCGCCGCACUUUGUCCAGCUCUACCGCGCCCACAUGGCGCUGUUCGGCGACGGCGAGGUGGCCAGGCAGCAGGCUGCCGCGUCGCGCGAGGUCUUUUACGCCAGCCGCGCCGAGCUGGUGCGGAGGAUCGUCAACUCGCACUACGCCCAGCUCAGCGAGAAGAUCGACCAGAUCGGCGCCGCUUAUCAGGUGGCCGCUGCGACCUCGAGCGUCGGCGCCCCGUUGGCCUCGCCGGACGACGGCACCGGCGGCGGGGUGGGCAGGUUCAACUUCUACCUCGACCCCCGGCCGGACGAAGCGGGCAAGGUGAUUUCGAUCGUCGACGGUCUGCGCCGCCGCCUGUCGGAGCUGAUUGCCGAGUGGCCGGACCAGAUGGUGCUGCAGCACAUCCGCGACCGCUGCGAUGCGCUGCUGCGCCUCGACUCGGCGAGCCCGGUGGCCAAGGUGCUGAGCGCGCUCGAGCAGCUGCUGAUGCACACCGAGGACUGGGAGGGCUUUGCCAGCUCGCAGACGACGCUGCAGCCGCACCGCGAGCGCGUCUCGGCCCAGAUUGUCGAGUGGCGCCGCCUCGAGCUGUCGUGCUGGGCGCGCAUCCUCGACAACCAGGCGACCGACUACGUCGAGACGGGCCUGGCCGAGUGGUGGUUCCGCCUCUUUGAGGUCCUCGUUGGCGGCACGCGCUCCGCCGCGGCCGAGGGCGACGAGGCGCGCCAGGCCCACGUCCGCAAGCUCAUCGACUCGCUCGACCAGUUUGUGCGUUCCGGCUCCAUCGGCCAGUACGAGGCGCGGCUGCGGCUGCUCGAUUCGUUUUCGCGCUUCCUUGACCUCCUCGUCGAGCUGGCGCCCGUCGACGAGAGCCGCGGCCUGCGCGACGUCGGCGUGGUGCUGCAGAACGUUACGGCCUUCUUUUGGCAGUUCCAGCCCAAGGUGGCCGCGACGCUCCGGCAGCAGCGCGACGUCCUCGAGCGCGAGAUCCGCAACUACAUCAAGCUUGCCAGUUGGAAGGACGUCAACGUCCACGCGCUCAAGGCGUCGGCGCAAAAGACGCACCGGCAGCUCCACAAGUGCAUCCGCUCCUUCCGCGACAUCCUCCGCCAGCCCGCCGACCCGCUGCUCGCCGCCCACCUCGACGGCCUGUCGAGAAAGGACCUUCCCGCCGUCAUCGCCAUCAAGGUCGAGCACGCCCCCGCCAAGAUCGACCAGCGGCUGUGGGCCGCCGUCUGCCGGGCGGGCGACGACGCCGUCGCUGCUCCGGCAGGACACCAGGCGCAGCUGCCGCAGCACCUCGCCAACCUGGCGCAGACGUACACGAUGCUGCGCCAGAUGGGCGGCAAGCACCUCGUGCCGCAGCUGACCGACGCCAGCGUGGCCGACGGCCUUUCUUCGCUGGCCGAGGAAAUCAUCGAGCGGCAGCAGUCGCUGGCCAAGCUGACGCCGGCGUUCCACAAGGAGGAGACCGAAAAGGCGAUCAAGAACCUCAACCUGCGCAAGCGCAAGGCGUGGACCGAGCUGCUGCGCGAGCUGCGCCGCAUCGGCCUCAACGGCUUCGUCAACUCGGACGUGCCCAAGCGCAACCAGGACAGCGCCUUUGUCUAUACGCAGGAGCCGCUGCGCGCCGUCUGCCCCGCCUCGCUCGGCGGCGAGGUGUUUGAGAGCGUCGAGCAGUUCCACUUCCGCCUCCUCGCCGGCCUGCCCAAGGUGCGCGACUCGCUCGGCAACCACAGCGCCGACCUGUCGACGGCCGAGCUGCAGCGCUGCGUCAACUACGUCGAGCACUGCGUCAGCCUCGUCUUUGGCGAGCGCAGGCGCAUGUCGAAGCUGCUGCGCGACUUUGCAUGCCUCGAGAAGGUGGCGCACCGCAUCGAGGUCGUCCACACCGUCGCCGGUGGCGAUGCAGAGGGUGACGCCGCAGCGCCGAUGGCCGUGACGAGGUCCAAGGCCAAGGACACGUUCGCCGACGCGGCCGACUUUGUGGCGCGCCUGGCAUCGAGCCUGGAAGAGGUGCUGCAGCUGGCGCCCAAGCACAUCGCCCUCUCGCCGUUCGGUCCGAUGGGCACCGAGGCCGUGCUGACCAGCCUCGGCCGACUCAGCGCGACGGCGACCCAGCUUGCCGCGCAGAUGCAUCGCACCCGCGCCGACGCCGUCGUCAUCGACUCGUUCUGCUUCCUCGCUGCGGGCGAGGAGCAGGUGCUGUCCAAGGCCGCCGAGCUCGCCCGCGAGGUCGUCGACUGCCUCGUCCGUGGCGAGGAGACGGCGCCGGCGCUGUCGGCCCUCGUCCGACCGACGCGCACCUGGACCGAGGCGAUGAGCUACACCAUCUCUGCCUGCCUCGCGUCCAUCGUCGCCGACGGAGAAGAGGACGAGGACGAGGAGGAGCAGAUUGCGCCCUUCCGCGACCAGAGCAACCGGGUCAUCUCGUCGAUCCUCCUCGUCGCCCAGGAUCUGCGCAAGAAGGCCGAUCUUGCCGCUGCCAAGCCGUCUGCUGCUGCCGAUGGCGAGGCCAAGAAGGCCGACGACAAUGACGCCGACGACGAGGACAAGGACCUCGAGGACAAGGCGGUGCUGUCGGAGCUCGAGCGCCUGGCCCACGACCACCGCACGCUGCGGUGCGAGUCGGUGCUGAUCGAGGUGGAAAAGGCGCUGUCGCUGGCCGACUCGCUUCCGCACACGGCGUCGGCGGCAGCGGCGGCGCACCACCACCUGGCGCGGCUAUCGCCGUUCGUGCACGAGUAUGCAUCGCUGCUUCGCGCCCACCUGGUCUCUUCGGCCAACUGGUCGCGCUCGCUGCUCAAAAUGAGCCAUGUGCUGUGCAACCUCGUGUCGGCGCUGGCCGCCAAGGGCUUCUGCAAGCCGCCCGAGGAGCAGCAGCAGCAGGACGGCGACGACGGCGAUGGCGGAGAGCAGCUCGAGGGCGGCACGGGCCUCGGCGACGGUUCGGGCGCCAAGGACGUCACCGACCAGAUGGACGACGACGAGCCCAUGGAGGAGCUCGCCAAGGACCCCAACCAGGAGCAGGGCGACGAUGGCGAAAGGGACGACAAGCCGGAGCGCGAGAAGAAUGCGCGCGAGGCCGAGGACGACUUCGGCGGCGAUAUGGAGGAGAUCGAGCCGAGCGAGGGCGAGGGCGAGGGCGACGACGACGAGCACAAGGACGACGAGCAGGACGACGAGGAGCCCGACGAGGCCGUGGGCGACGUCGAUCCGCUCGACCCCAACGCCGUCGACGAGAAGAUGUGGGGCAACGAGGACGACGACGAGGACAAGGAGGACAACAAGGACGCCAGGGACAAGACUGACAAGCAGGCCCAGGGCGGCGACGACGCCGACGACGACGACAACGGCCAGGACGACUUGGCGCCCAAGGACGACGAGGGCGAGCGGAAGCAGUCGGACUCGAAGCAGAAGAAGGAAAAGGCAGGCGAGAAGAGCGACAACGUCGACAAAGAGCAGGGUCAGCAGCAGGGCGAUGACGACAACGACGACGGCGGCGCCGAGGACGAAGGCGACGAGGCCGAAAAGCACGAGGGCGACGACGAGGACAAGGGCGACGAGGAGGGCGAAGAGGAGGACCCGGACGCAGACCAGCAGCCCGAGGGUCUCGGCCGCCGCCUCGACGAGCAGAUGCAGGAAGGCGAGAACCUCGACAUCGACGACGAACUCAACAUGGACGACGGCAACGAGCGGGACGAGGCCGAAGACGACGACAGCGGCGAUGACGAGGACGGCCUCAGCGACCUGGCCGGCGACGACCUGCCGCCCAACGAGGAGAAGCAGAAGAAGGACGAGCGCCAGCCAGACGGACUCGACGACCUGGUCGACGACGAGCCGGGCAAGGAGGAGAUCGAAAAGGCCGACGGCGACGACGAGGAGGACGGCGAGGGUGCCGAGCCCGACGAGGCGACCGACGAAAAGGUGGCCAAGGACGAGGGCGAGGAGGGCGCCGCCAUGGACGAGGAUGAGGGUGAGGGCCAAGAUGGCGAGGAUCAGGGCAUCGACGACCAGCAGGCAGCAGCGCAGGACGAAAAGGCACAGCGGCCCAACGACGCCCAGGACCCGGACCAGCCGGUCAAUCUCAACGACGACGGCGCCGCCUACGACCAGGGCAUGGACGCCGGCGAGGACGCGAGCGCCGAGCAGCAGCAGUCAUCGCGCGGCCAGCAGGGGCGACGGGCCGAGGCGGCGCAGCAGAGCACCAACGACGCCGACGACGGCAUGAUGGACGAGGACGACGAGGCGGCGCUGCCCACCGAUCAGGACCCCUCGGCGGGCGGCGGAUCGUCGCGCGCCCAGCGGCCGCAGCCCGAGGCGGUCGAGGAGACGUCGCAGCAGCGGCCGGACCUUGACGCCGCCAACCCGAUGCGCUCGCUCGGCGAUGCGCUGGAAGAGUUCCGACGCCGCUUCGAAGACAUCCAGGAGGCCAACGACCAGGACCAGGCGGCCGACGACGAGCACCAGGGCGACGAGGCCAAGCCCGAGGGCGAGGGCAUGCCCGAGCAGGGCGACGUCGAGCACGUCACCAACGACGACAACGCCGAGGGCCAGGCGCUGGGCGCGGCCGAGGACGAGGACCAGGUGCAGAAGCUGGGCGAGCUGGCCAUCGAGGACGAAAACGACCAGCAGGGCGCCAAGCCGCGCGCCGAAGAGGCCAAGCCGGACCCGUCGCAGGCCGACGCGCCUGAACGCGCGCCGCUCGAGCUGCCGGAUCUGGGCGGGCAGGAGCGCGACGACCAGGGCGAGGGCGCACAGCAAAAGGCGCUGAUGCCGAGCGACAUCAAGCCGUCGUCGUCCUCGCUCACGGCCGAGCAGGAGGCGCUCGCCAACGGCCGCGACGAGGGCGAGGUCAACCCGAACGCCCAGGACAACGACGACGAGGCCAUGUCCGAGGGCGCCUCUUCGGACUCGGACAACGACCCGCUGCCGGACGUGGACCGCGCCGAGGCCGACGCUGCGCUGCUCGAGUCGCUCGACGAGUUUCGCGGCCUGGAUGCCGAGGAGCGGCUGUCGCGGGCGGGCGACCUGUGGCGCUCGUACAAUGCGCUGACGUCGGACCUGUCGUUUGCGCUGUGCGAGUCGCUGCGGCUGAUCUUGGCGCCGACGCUGGCGACGCGGCUCAACGGCGACUUCCGGACGGGCAAGCGGCUCAACAUGCGCAAGAUUGUUCCCUUUAUCGCGUCGGACUUUGCCAAGGACAAGAUCUGGCUGCGGCGGACCAAGCCGUCGAAGCGCGAGUACCAGGUGCUGCUGGCCAUCGACGACAGCCGGUCGAUGGCCGAGUCCAAGUCGGCCCACCUGGCGUACCAGACGCUGUCGCUCGUGUCGGGCGCCCUCAACCGGCUCGAGGUGGGCGAGGUGGGCAUCGUCAAGUUUGGCGAGACGGUGUCGACGCUGCACCCGUUCGGCACGGCGUUUAGCGAUGCCGAGGGCGGCAAAGUGCUCGACUCGCUGCGGUUCGAGCAGAGGGGCACCGACGUCUACCGGAUGCUCGAGUCGAGCCUCGAGCUGCUGGCCUCUUCGCGCGACGAGCGCGGCGGCGGCGGUAGUGGCGAGUCCAAGGAGCUGUGGCAGCUGCAGAUUGUCAUUUCCGACGGCAUCUGCCAGGACCACGAGCGGCUGCGCUCGAUCCUGCGCCGGGCCAAUGAGCAGCGCGUGGUGCUCGUCUUUGUCGUUGUCGACUCGCUCUCGCCUCCCGCUCCUCCUCCUGCUGCUGCUGCUGCUCCCGCGGCAGCAUCAACGUCGGCAACCACGCAGCAGCAACCACCACAACAGCAGCAGCGCGCGUCGAUCCUGUCAAUGUCGUCGGUGAGCUACGAGAUGGACGCGCGCGGACGGCCGCAGCUCAAGAUGCAGCGCUACCUGGACACGUUCCCGUUCGAGUACUAUGUCGUGGUGCGCGACGUCGAGGCGCUGCCCGAGGUGCUGGCCGCCACGCUGCGCCAGUGGGCCGAAAAGAUCCGCGAGAUGGAGACGUGA